GAAGCGACGUCGUUUGUUGAAGUUACCCGCCUAUUGUUGGCGAGGGAAAAUUGGAUCGGAAAGGGACAGCAACAAUCAUCAGAACGCGACAAGGAAAUGACGGAUGCCUGCGUCAGGACCGUCGUCGAAGCCAUCCACUCUUCUCCGACUCAGGCUGUCCUCUACUUCUCCGGCGGCACCUCUCUGGUUUUAAGCUGGUUAAUCUCAGUCUCGGGAGCUUCGAAUACGGUUCUGGAGGCUGUCGUACCGUACUCCACAAUGUCCACUAUCCAAUUACUCGGCAAGAUUCCCGCCCAAUACUGUAGUCAACAAACUGCCGAGGAAAUGGCUUUGUUGGCUUAUAAUCGCGCUCUUAAGCUUUCUAGACCAGGUCUUCCAGUGCUGGGAGUAGGCUUCACUGGUUCUUUGGCAACCACACGCCCAAAGCUAGGUGAUCACAGACAUUGGACAUCUACAGUUACCCUGUCAAAGGGCUUGAGGACUCGAGAGCAAGAGGAAAAGGUUUCAAGUUAUCUAUUACUGAAGGCAAUUGCAAAUGCAUGCAAGGUUCCUGCGAUAUUUGAUUCUGAAUUGGUUGAAUCUGAAGUUCCGGAGGAAUGUGAAAAGCUCUUCAGUGAGGAGGAGGAAUUGGUGCAGCUUAUAAACGGGCAAAUUUGUUUUAAAGUUAAUCCAUUUUCACAUGAGACAGAUUUGUCAAAUGAAGAUAGGAAGAUUAUACCAUCUGGCUCUUUUAAUCCACUACAUGAUGUUCACCUAAAGCUCCUGGAAGUUGCAGCUAGCAUUUGUGGCAAUGGUUAUCCAUGCUUUGAAUUGUCUGCAGUUAAUGCAGACAAACCUCCAUUGUCGGUGUCACAAAUCAAGGAUCGUGUUAAGCAGUUCAAAAAAGUUGGCAAGACAGUAAUAAUUUCUAAUCAACCAUUUUUCUAUAAGAAAGCUGAGCUUUUUCCAGGCAGUGCUUUUGUGAUUGGUGGAGACACUGCAGCAAGGCUUAUCAAUCCAAAAUACUAUGAUGGGGACUACAACAAGAUGGUGGAGAUACUUACUGGAUGUAAAAAUACAGGGUGCACUUUCCUUGUGGGUGAUCGCAAUGUAGAUGGUGUCUUUAAGGUUUUUGAAGAUUUUGACAUCCCAGAAGUGUUGAGGGACAUGUUUGCCUCAAUACCAGCCGAAAUGUUCCACAUGGAUAUAUCCUCCACUGAAAUAAGGAAGAGGAGUGGAAUGUGAAUCUCACAAUCAUGGCAGAAUUUAAACACCAUGUAUGUAUUUCUUUUUCUUUUUCUUUUUCUUUUUCUUUUUCUUCAAUCAUGUUUGUAUAGACUUCUGAAUUUACGUCGGAUUUAGUGAAAAGAAAUGGACAUAUAGAACUCUCUGGCACCAUUUGUUUGGAUUUUUGUUUUGAAUGUACAUAAAACUAAUCACUGAAA